UUGGUGUUUCUAGCGAGUACGACAGAGGCAGCCUUAUGUGAGCUUGUCAAGGUUGUCCCGUCGCAUACGAACUUGAGUUAUCCUGGACCUUCUUCUUGUCCUUGACCAUCCGUUCCUCAGUUAUUAAUCAUUUUCGCUGAACCUUCACCGCAUCCAUACACCCAGACAUGCCGUUCUCGAAGUCAUCGAAGCGAAAGGGUGGACUCGCCCAUUCAAACCCGCAAUUUGCGUUUGUGCACUGCAAUUCUGAUCCGAGUAAUCGAUCGAAGGACGAUGGGAUACUUCAGAGCACUAUACGAUCGUAUGCGAUGCAAUAUGCUCGAAGACAGAAGCGAUGGUCAACAAGCAGGAGGAUAACUCCAGAGAUGGUAGCACCAACGACAGAUGAUGCCUCGAGCCAGAGGAAGGGGACGACUUUAGCCCUAACAGUUCCGUUUCGAAACCCAUCGAUGGACAAAUCUCCACCCGAAGCGGAUAAUGUUAUGAAGUUGGAAUUCUAUGAGAAAGAGCACGAGACGGGUGUUUGUAUAGGCUGUUCACGGCCUUUGAAACCAAGGGUUUUCUGCCGAUGUAGUGUUGGGAGUCUUCUGGCCAGCAAUUCUGUGAACGGAUCGUCCUACAAUCCCCAUCCUUGGGAUCUUCCGGUUUUGCUAUCCCGCAAGCUGAUCUCCAUCACCGGAUCUGAGACGGAACUUCUAUCCACCUUCUUCGCAACGAUUGGACCACGUUUCCUUCCUUUAGAUGCUCGCCAUCAGAGUAGCCUCAUGGAAGGUUGGUACUCCGCGUGCCUGAGCCACAGCGCAUAUAUGCACAGUUUAUGUUCGGUGGCAGCGAUUCACCUUUUCAUAUCCGGAAAAGGCCAGUUGCGGGAUGUGAUUUAUCAUAAGAUGCGAGCGGAGACGUACCUCAAGAUGAAUCUCCUCGAUCCUACUCGGAUGCAGGAUGAGUCCAAUAUUGGAGCCAUCUUCAACCUUAUCUCUGUUGGCGAGGCUCUCCUUCUCCCUGGCAUAACCAAUGGCGAGUAUAGAAAAGAGGAUUGCAACGAGCGAGUCAUACAUUUGAACGGUCUCCGACAUCUGAUCGGGCUUCGCGGUGGCCUGUCAGGAUUGUCUUCCAAAUGUCUGCGGACUUUUAUACUCUGGCAUAGUACUGCACACGCCCUGGCGUCCUUUGGUGAUCCAUACAUGUCGUUCAUUCAACACCUGACGGGUCCGAUGAACACCCUAUCACCCGUAGAUGAACUCUUAAGGGACCCACCUCUAAAUCCGAUGAUUCGAUUAUGCUGUCGUCUCUAUAUCAGCGAAAACCUAGUCCGAAUCGUCGGGAAUAGCACACAAUUCGUCGAGGCACUCCAUCUCUGGCAUGCACGAAAACCCGACUGCCUGGAUUUCCUCGAUCUGAUCAACUGGUCAUGUGACAUCAUACAACGUCUACUAUUUCACUUGAAUUCGAACCCGACCCGUCGAAUUGAAGAGUCACUAGCCAUUGCACUCAUCAUGUUCGUCACUCGUGCGUCGGAAAUGGUCGCACGUACCAUUGACCCGCUUCGAUUUGCAGCUGUGGAACGACUGAGAGGCUCACUCCUGUCGGUGCCUCCCGAGGAAUGGGCUCCGGCAGAGGACCUCCAUCUUUGGGUUUGUACGGUCGGUGCAUUAUCCGCGCCUGAUGAUGACGAAUCGAGCUGGUUCGUCUCGAAUUGUUAUAGCGUUUCCCAACGAUAUCUUGGAAGGGGAAAAGCGGAGUUUCUGGAUCGUUUGCGUGGGUGUUUAUGGAUUGAACAGACGAUGGGUCGGAAAUUUCGAGAUUUAUGGGGUGUCAUGGCCCUGAAACGAGAGGAAUCUCUUAUGUUGGCUGGAGAUGCUCAAUCUUGUUCCCAAGUGCCUAUUCAAACGGGCAUUGUAAUUGGGUCGGCCAUCUAAAUGUCGUGUUUGGGAGCGGACUAGAAAGAUCAUCUGGAGCAAUCGGCCGUCGUCAAUGGGGACUGUUCUGUGGGAUUCCGAUCCUCGUUUUGCAGCCCAUGGAAUUAUAUCUAAUCUAGGAAUAUGG